AUGGAGGGAGACACAGGUGAGGAGGGAGCUGAAGGUGAGGAGGGAGGUGCAGGUGAGGAGGGAGACUCUGGUGAGACAGGGGCUGGCGGUGAGGAAGGAGCUGGAGGUGAAACAGGAGCUGCAGGUGAAAGAGGAGCUGCAGAUGAGGAAGGAGAUGCAGGUGAGGCAGGAGAUGCAGAGGAAGCAGGCGCUGCCGGUGAGGAGGAAGCUGAAGGUGAGGAGGGAGGUGCAGGUGAGGAGGGAGCCUCAGGUGAGGCAGGAGCUGCAGGUGAGGCAGGAGCUGCAGGUGAGGAGGGAGCUGAGGGUCAAGCAGGAGCUGCAGGUGAAGCAGGAGUGUCAGAUGAGGAAGGAGAUGCAGGUGACAGAAAUGUUGCAGGCGUGGCAGGACUUGUGCUAAUGGCAGGACCCGCGGGCGAGGGAAUGACUGUGGCCGAGGAAGCAGCUGUGACAGCGGCAGGCGCCAUGGGUGAGGCAGGGCCCAGGACCCAGCAGUGGAGGCAGGCCUUGCAGGUGCUAGACAACAUGGGCUACCAGGAGCUGGGAACCUUCUCUGGGAUGGAAGAGCCGGGCCACGGGGAAGAGUCCUUUGAGAGCUGGCUGGAGCAGGCUAACAACACGCUGUACCUGUGGCGCCACGUGUCUGAGAGGGAGAGGAGGAGGAGGCUGGUGGAGAGCUUGCGCGGCCCCGCGCUGGACCUCCUGCGCGGCCUCCUGGCGGACGAUCCCGAGCUGGCCGCCCAGGACUGCCUGGUCGCGCUGGUGCAGGUGUUUGGGAACAAGGACCCCCGGGGGAGUGCUCGGCUGAAGUUCGUGACCUGUGCCCAGCGGCCCCAGGAGACUCUCUCUGCGUACGUGAUGCGCCUGGAAGGCCUGCUGCAGUCGGCCCUGGAGAAGGGGGCCAUCCACCCGGCCGUGGCGGACCAGGCGCGCGCCCGGCAGGUGCUUAUGCAGGCCCGGCUGAACUACACGCUCCAGGACAGGCUGAGGACGAUGUGGCUGAUGAGGAGGCCUCCCGACUUUGUGGGGAUGCUGCGGCUCAUCCAGAAGACCGAGGCCUGGGAGGCCGACCCGGCUAGCAGGGAGCACUUCCCAGGGGAAGAAGAGGCCCGUGUGGACGUCGCAGUCCUGGCAGCAGCCGCCCAGGCCGCCCCGGCCCAUGAGGCCAUCACCGCAGGCACCACUGCGUAUGGCACCAAGGCCUCCCCGGCCGGUGAAGAUACCACCGCCCAGGCCGCCCGUUGCAAGGAAGGUAGCGCCGAGGACCACCCGGCACGUGAGGAGGCCAGUGCGGCAGUUGCCGGCACUGCCAAGGCUGGCGAGGCGGCCCCUGAAGACCAUGGUGCCGCCAGGGCAGCCCCCGAAGACCAUGGUGCCGCCAGGGCAGCCCCCGGCCCUGGGGAGACCAGCGAGGCGUCCGCGGCCACUCAGGAAGUUGGAAGUGCUGCCGCCCCUGCGGGCCUGGGUCAGGCAGGACCCUCAGAUGCCCCCGGAGUCCCCAUGCCUGGCCGGAUGGGCAGUGCUUCCCCGGUGGCCCCAGGAGGUCCUGGCUGGGAGCCAGAGGGCCUCGCCCAGGCAGGAGGCCAGGAGGCCGAGGAGACCCCCGAGGAGGGGCUCAAGCCCAUCCCAGAAGAGCCGGGAAAUGAGGACGGGGCUGCAGAGAUGAGCCCCCCGGGGUCCACCUCGGGCCAGUAG